AUUUUGUUGAUAGAUCUCAUGUGUAUGAUUCAUACUAUUCUCUGUAUCUCAGCCUGCAUAGGAAAAUGUAUUCUUAAGUUUUAAAUGAGCCCAUAUUAUUCCUUAAUUUUUGGUUUAGUUCUCCACUUUGCAGGAUAUCAAAUAGUUCUGCUUACAAUCAUUAUGGAUUUCCUUGUUGCACAUUAGAAAAUAUAUACAAUGUUACGCUAGUAUAUUUGCUCUCAAGCUGUCAGUUUUUUUAUUUUUUUAUUUUGGGGGUGGGGCAUUUGCAUAUUGCAGUUGACUCUGCCUCUCCUGCAGAUCAUGCUCAUGUAACUGGUUGGAUGCCUGUGAAUUGACUAUUAUUUUCUGGAUGUAAAGAGGACUUGCUGUUGUUGAGCAGAAAUGGUGGUUGGUUCUGCUUCCGCUGAUGACUGUGCUGUUAAGCCUUUGACAAGUUCAGCUGCUAAGUGGGGAAAGAGGCUUUUCAUAGGAUGCAUUCCGAUUGAAGCUACUGUUGAUAAUGUGCAGUUGUAUUUCAGUCAGUCUGGCUAUGUUUUGGAUGUGUAUCUUGCCAAGGAUGAAAGAAAAAUGUGUCAUAGGGGGUUCGGUUUUAUGACAUUGUCUAAUGAAAUUUCAGUUGUGUUCACUUCUCAGAAAGUACGUUGGAUACUUUGGGUAGAAGUGUGUCUGUAGAUGUUAUCAUGAUAUAUGAUAGACAGGUGCUUGGGUCCAAUAGGCACUCGUGGGUAGCCGAGUAUCAAAGGAAAGAGCCUCAAAAGUUUCUUGUCCAGAGUGGUUUGGUGGGAUAAUGUCUAUCACAUAUGGUCUUAGAGAAACUCAAGAAUUCAUGGAGAGGUCAAAACAGAGGAAAUCAUAGUGAAGAGAUUGGGAAAGGAUGUCAAGUUUAGAAUGAUAUUCAAUGGAAAUCAAUUAUAACUGGAGUGUACCUCAUUCCAUCAUUCAAUUUUUUACUGUUUGUAACAGUAAAAAGUUAUGAAUUUUCCAAGAAAGAUAGAAGAAUGCUCAAUUCCAUUUUUUUGUGAGGAUGCAACAAAAGUGUCUAUUGGACUAAGGACAAACACCCAAUCCGUUAUUACAUUUGUCAUCGUCUUCCCACUUUAGCACCUUUGUAUUCCAUCCUAGUAUUUUAUGUCAAAUAAUUAAUUUUUUUAUUAUAGAUAUGACAGUAUUUUAAAGGCGAAAACACCAUUUUAGUCCCUACAUUUUAGAGUCACGGUCAAUUUGGUCCCUACAUUUUGGUAGCAGUCAAUUUGGUCCCUAUUAUUUUCAACUUGCAUUUAAUUUGGUCCCUACCGUUAACUUACUAACGAAAAAUGCUUACAUGGCAAACAGUUUACAUAGUUGACAUGCUUAAUAUUAAAAUAUUAAAUAAAAUGCUGAUGUGUCUAAAUUUUAGUGGCUGAUGUUGCCACA